AUGGCGUCCCUGGGGCCCCCCGGGCCGGGUCGUCUGUUCGGUGCGGUCGCGGAAAGGGUGGGGCGGCGCAGAGCCCGGGAGCUUAAUAGCCGGCUGGCGACACGUGGCCUUGGCCCACUAAGAUACUCCUGGCCACGCCGGGAGAAGGCACGCGAUCAUGGCCGCGGGGCCCCAGCGUUGGCCCGCCCCUUCCGGAAGUCACCUUUGACCCCCGUUUCCGGAAGUGGGCUACCCGCCGGGCCGCCCCGGGCCCGGGCCACCCGCUGCGGCGGGUCACCGCCGCCCUACCUGGGGGACUUCGCGAGAAAUAUUAGACCUUUGACCAACAGCCCAAUGAUUUCUAGGGACUUGGCAUUGGGACUCUUUCUCCUCCAGACUGGUGCUGGCCCCCUGGGGAAUUCCUCACUUUUAGGGCUUCACUUAUACUUGUUACUUUCUGAACACAAACUCAAGCCGAUCAACCUGGUUCCCAAUCACCUGUGUUCAGCUAACUCCCUGGUGCUUCUCUCUAAAGGGGUCCCUCAGGCCAUGGCAGCUCUGGCGUUGAAAGAGCCCCCGGAUGAUGUGGGCUGCAGACUCCUCUUCUACCUUCACCGAGUGGCCCGGGGGACCUUCCUCUGUACCACCUGCCUCCUGAGUGGCCUCCGGGCCAUCACGAUCAACCUCAUUGCACCCACGUGGACAGAGCUCAAAAGAAGCACCUCAGAGCCUAUCGUCUCUUCUUGUUAUUCCUGCUGGUUCCUCGAGUUUCUGAUCCAUGUGGUGACUCCUCUUUCGGUCACUGGACCAAAUCCUAGCAGAAAUACCACCAUCACAAAUCCCUUGGGUUACUGUUCUGGGGCCGUUAAGCCAUCAGUUGUACUGCUCUCGGCUCUGCUUGCUUCCAUUGAUUUUGUGUUUCUAGGACUCAUGCUCUGGGCCAGUGGGUCCAUAGUGUUCUUUCUGCACAAGCCUCAGCAGCGAGUCCAGCACAUAGAUGAGAGUCACCUCUCUCCUAAAGCCUCCCUCGAGACCAGAGCCACCCACACAAUCCUGGUGCUGGUAAGCCCAUUCGUCUCUUUUGACUCCCUCUCUUUCAUCUUGGCAUUUUACAUGAUGCUCGCCGAUGUUAAAAAUGGGGGGCUGUUCAAAAUCGCCACAUUCGUAGCAGCGUGUUUUCCCACCUGCAGCUCCUUGGUGCUGCUCAGCCGAGAUGCUCGGCUCUGCAGGCUCAUCUUUGCUGUGCAGAGGAGUAAAUCAGCUCCCCUCAACAGGAGUCGGAUUAAUGAAUAUCUUCUCAGAACGUUCGCUUAUGAAUUUAUUUAUUCUUAUGUCCUUUAUGACCUUAAUGUCUUCUGUGUAUCAAGACUUUAUAACCCAGUACACAGUUAUGUGUGA